UCUCUGCUCUCCGCUCUAUCCCCCUCCGCUAUCCUCUGAAACCUUCUCUCGCUACUAAAACCCUUGUCGAGCUCCGCCGCCCACGAAUCCUCUCAAGCGCCACCGCCGUCGCCGGAGCUCUGCCGCCGCCGUCGCCGGAGCGUCCCCGCCACGCUCUGCCGCGGUCUCGUAGCGUUGCCGCUGCGCUUCGCCGCCGCCUCCUCGGCUCCAUCGUCGGACGCAGUUCCUGCUCUGCAGCUUAUCUAAGCAUUAUUAAGUCGCAGCGAUCUAUGGCUACGCUUGGAAAACCUGCGGUGGGCGAUUCAUUGCGAAUCCCGGCUUUCCCUACUAAUGGGGAACCACGAAGAUCCCACAUGCUUUCUUUUAGGAAUCCUGGUGCAAGGAGAAGGUUCCAUGUGACCUGCAGCCGCUUUGGUCUCCGCCAUGUUCCGAUAUUAUCUAUUCGAAGAAAUGCUUCCCUGAGCACACCGUUAUUGUCGAUUCCAAGAGCUGUAGUUUCGAGGGGGUUGGAGAGCCCAUUAGACGAACAAUAUGAUACAUUGGAACAAACCCCUGAGAUUAUUCACUUCUAUCGCCGUCCAUUUAUUCGAGAAAGUGCAGCUGCCGAGCUUCUACGGCAAGUCCAAGAAAAGAUCUCUCCUAAUAUAGUAGAUAUAAAGACAGAGCAAUGCUUCAACAUUGGGGUGGAAGGGGUUCUACCAAUCAACAAGCUUGGAGUGCUUAAAUGGCUUUUACAGGAGACUUAUGAACCCGAGAAUUUAGAUAAACAUAGCUUCUUGGAGGAGGAGGAGGCCCUCACAGGUGCACAAAACUCCGUGUUAAUCGAGGUUGGGCCACGCAUGUCGUUCACAACAGCAUGGUCUGCAAAUGCUGUUUCAAUCUGCCAAGCAUGCUCUUUGACGGAAAUAACCCGUUUGGAGAGGUCAAGAAGGUAUCUUUUACAUCUCAGGCCCGGAAGUAGCCCACUAGAUGUAAACCAGAUUAAUGAUUUCGCGGCUAUGGUCCACGAUAGAAUGACGGAGUGUGUUUAUCCUCAAAAGCUCACAUCUUUUAAGACUAGCGCUAUUCCGGAGGCGGUUAGUGUGGUUCCAGUAAUUGAAAGAGGAAGGGAGGCGUUGGAAGAGAUAAAUGUGAAGAUGGGUCUUGCGUUUGAUGAACAAGAUAUUAAGUACUACACAGCGCUGUUUAAGGAUGACAUUAAGCGCAACCCAACAACUGUUGAGCUGUUCGAUAUAGCACAAUCUAACAGCGAGCACAGUAGGCACUGGUUCUUUAAUGGGAAACUUGUUAUUGACGGUGAGACUAUGAGUAAAACAUUGAUGCAGAUUGUGAAGAGCACUUUGAAGGCAAACCCCAAUAAUUCUGUCAUUGGCUUUAAGGAUAACUCGAGCGCGAUCAAGGGGUACCAAGUGAACCAGUUACGACCUGCUUUCCCCGGUUCGACCUGUCCACUAGACAUGAUUAUCCGCGAGCUUGAUAUUUUGUUCACGGCAGAGACGCACAAUUUCCCCUGUGCUGUGGCUCCUUAUCCCGGAGCGGAAACUGGUGCUGGGGGACGCAUCAGGGACACACAUGCAACUGGAAGGGGUUCAUUUGUGGUAGCCGCCACCGCUGGUUACUGCGUGGGUAACCUUCGCAUAGAAGGCUCCUUCGCCCCGUGGGAGGAUUCAUCUUUUCUAUAUCCAUCCAACUUAGCACCACCUCUUCAGAUUCUGGUUGAUGCCAGUGAUGGGGCAUCUGACUAUGGAAAUAAAUUUGGAGAACCAUUGAUUCAGGGUUUCACGAGGACCUUCGGUAUGAGAUUGCCGAGCGGGGAGCGGCGUGAGUGGCUAAAGCCGAUAAUGUUUAGUGGAGGAAUCGGGCAGAUCGAUCAUGCACAUAUCUCAAAGGGAGAACCUGAUAUUGGGAUGCUAGUUGUUAAGAUUGGAGGGCCGGCGUAUAGGAUCGGGAUGGGUGGUGGUGCGGCUUCGAGCAUGGUUAGUGGACAGAACGAUGCUGAGUUGGAUUUUAACGCCGUUCAGAGGGGAGAUGCUGAGAUGGCACAAAAGCUGUAUCGGGUGGUUCGUGCAUGCGCUGAAAUGGGAGAGAAAAACCCUAUAAUCAGCAUCCAUGAUCAGGGGGCCGGAGGUAAUUGCAAUGUCGUGAAGGAGAUAAUCUAUCCUAAGGGUGCUGAGAUCGACAUCCGUUCUAUCGUUGUCGGUGAUCACACCAUGUCGGUGCUAGAAAUAUGGGGUGCCGAGUACCAAGAACAGGAUGCUUUAUUGGUGAAGCCCGAGAGCAGAGACUUAUUGCAAGUGAUCUGCGAGAGGGAAAGGGUCUCAAUGGCCGUCAUUGGUACGAUCAGCGGCAGCGGAAAAAUCGUGUUAAUUGAUAGCUCUGCCAUAGAGGAGUCCAAGUCUAAUGGGCUACCUCCCCCACCACCUGUUGAGGAUCUCGAGCUAGAAAAGGUGCUAGGAGAUAUGCCCCAGAAGUGCUUUGAAUUCAGUCGAAUCCCUCAACUGCGGGAGCCGUUGGAUAUUGCGCCUGGGACCACGUUAAUGGAUUCUCUCAAGCGAGUGUUGAAGCUUCCUUCGGUAUGUUCAAAGCGCUUCUUAACCACAAAAGUGGACAGGUGUGUAACGGGUCUUGUAGCGCAGCAACAAACGGUGGGCCCGCUUCAACUCCCACUUUCUGAUGUUGCCGUUAUUGCCCAGACGUACACUGAUCUGACCGGCGGUGCUUGUGCGAUAGGGGAGCAGCCAAUUAAGGGCUUGCUUAAUUCAAAAGCCAUGGCGAGAAUGGCUGUUGGGGAAGCCCUAACCAAUCUAGUUUGGGCCAAAGUGACCUCUCUUGCUGACGUGAAAGCUAGCGGCAACUGGAUGUACGCUGCCAAGCUCGAUGGAGAAGGGGCGGAUAUGUACGAUGCCGCUAUUGCACUCUCGGAAUCUAUGAUUCAACUGGGUAUAGCUAUUGAUGGGGGUAAGGAUAGUCUUUCUAUGGCUGCUCACGCCGGAGGUGAGGUUGUUAAGGCUCCGGGAAAUCUAGUCAUCAGCGCUUAUGUCACCUGUCCUGAUAUAACGUUGACGGUUACUCCGGAUUUAAAGCUCACGAAUGAUGGCGUUCUCCUGCACAUUGAUCUAGCAAAAGGGAAGCGGCGCUUAGGUGGUUCCGCACUCGCUCAGGCUUUCGACCAAGUCGGCGAUGAUUGCCCUGAUCUCGAUGAUGUCCUUUACCUGAAGAGCGUCUUUGAAUCAGUUCAGGAUCUGCUUAGCGAACGCCUUAUUUCUGCCGGCCAUGACAUCAGCGAUGGCGGCCUUAUUGUUUGUGCCCUCGAAAUGGCCUUUGCUGGGAACUGUGGCUUGAAGUUGAACCUAAGCUCAGGAGGCCACAGCAUUCUUCAUACACUUUUUGCGGAAGAGCUUGGUCUAAUUCUCGAAAUCAACAAGAAGGACAUCGAUAUUGUUAAGAAAAAGCUGAAAACAAUGGGUGUUUCUAGCGAGGUUAUUGGUGAAGUUUCUGCAUCACCGGUCAUAGAAUUAGUUGUUGACGGGGAUCUGCGGCUAAAAGAGGAAACUUCCUACCUUAGGGAUUUGUGGGAGGAAACAAGUUUCCAACUUGAGAGCCUGCAAAGACUAGCUUCUUGUGUCAAACUCGAGAAAGAAGGCUUAAAGCAUAGACAAUCGCCUUCGUGGUCUCUGUCCUUUACCCCCAAAUUCACUAACAGUAAACUUAUUGCUGCAUCUUCGAAACCAAAGGUGGCCAUCAUUCGUGAGGAAGGGAGCAAUGGAGACCGAGAGAUGUCCGCAGCAUUCUACGCUGCGGGUUUCGAACCAUGGGAUGUCACAAUGUCGGACCUUUUGAAUGGAAAAAUUUCACUUGAUGAUUUCCGUGGGGUCGCAUUCGUGGGCGGUUUUAGCUACGCCGACGUCCUUGAUUCGGCAAAAGGUUGGUCAGCAUCUAUAAGGUUCAACCUGCCCCUUUUACAGCAAUUUCAGAAGUUCUAUAACAGGCCCGACACUUUCAGCCUUGGUGUUUGCAAUGGGUGUCAACUGAUGGCUCUUCUAGGGUGGGUGCCGGGGGGUGAUGUUGGUGGUUCUUCUGGUGUCGGCGGCGAUUUGUCACAGCCGAGGUUUGUUCACAAUGAAUCGGGCCGAUUUGAGUGUAGAUUUACUGGUGUUACGAUUGGGGAUUCACCGGCUAUUAUGUUUAAAGGAAUGGAAGGCUCUACAUUGGGUGUUUGGGCUGCUCAUGGCGAGGGAAGAGCGUAUUUUCCAGAUAAUGAUAUUCUAGGCUCUGUUCUUAAAUCUAAUCUCGCCCCCGUACGAUACUGUGAUGAUGAGAGUAAAAUAACAGAGGUGUAUCCUUUUAACCCCAAUGGUUCGCCUCUUGGGAUCGCGGCGCUCUGUUCUCCCGAUGGGCGCCACCUGGCGAUGAUGCCGCAUCCCGAGCGUUGCUUCAUGAUGUGGCAGUACCCAUGGUACCCAAAGGAGUGGAAUGUCGACAAGAAGGGCCCCAGCCCGUGGUUGAGAAUGUUCCAGAAUGCUCGUGAAUGGUGCUCGUAGAUCAGGUACGGAAACCGAAAGCUACAUUCCGGUAUGUUCUGCGUCAUUUAAGCGCUGACUUAUCGAAGUGGUCUGAUCUGCGAUGGUGGUAUUCAAGAAUGUGAAUUUUCUGAUGUACAACUGCAAAAUAUUGCUGGAUAAUAAUAUAAAAUAACUACUGUGAGGAAUAGAUCCAGUAAAAGUUUCUGGGUCUUAUUUUGAGUGGUUCUUAUAUUUAUUUCUAUACAAAACAAGAUAAUUCUAUACCUUCUUCUUAAUAAGUAUUUGGUUGCAUUUUGGCUCAUGCGAACAGCAACUUGAGUUUGAAGUAUAAUAUUAGCAAAGUACUCCAUGUGUAAGCAUACUAAUGGUGUCCAUUGGGUGUGUUUUGCUUAAUUACUUAUGUGUUGAGAUAAAACCAAUGUUCUUUAAUGGAGUAUUAAUUAAUUUGUUGUGA